AUGGUAAACUUGGUCUUACAGUCUAAAGAAACUUCUGCGGGGCAUUACGCAACCAACCGUGCCUCUAAAAAGUGUUACGCGAGGAACUUAAUUUACUGUUGUGUUAACAGAGACCGUGUCCAGGAGCAUAAUCUCACGUUGCAAAAGGACAUCAACCGUGACUUCAUCGAUGGGUAUCUGAAGAAAAUAAAGGAACAACAAAAUGAGCCGAACUCUCCCUUCCAAGAGGGACACUUACUUGGCAACGCCUUCGACUUCUACAUCGGGGGUACGCACACGCCAGCGUCUUUCAUCCACUGGCUUCUGGCAGUCUGCGCCCAGAAGCAAGACGCGGUGCAGUCCAGGAUCCAGCGAGAAAUCGACGACCACAUCGGUUGCGAGCGGCAGCCGACCUGGGAGGAUAGCAAGAAGAUGCACUUCACUAUGGCCAGUGUGUUCGAGAUAUUGCGAUGGAAGAACCCGAUACCCGUAACCAAUCCUAGAGGACCGCAGGAAAACACAAUCCUCAACGGGUACGUUAUUCCCAAAGGCACCUUGGUGAUGUCGAAUAUCGUGGCAGUUCAUCGGGACCCCACGCUUUGGGAACGACCCGAUGAUUUCGACCCGACCAGGUUCCUAUCAGCCGACGGCUCAUGUCUUGCGAAGAGGCCUGAACAGAUCAUCACAUUUUCAGUUGGUAAAAGGAUGUGUCCAGCGGACAAGCUGGCUACCGUUGAAAUGUUCCUGUACGUGGCCAGCCUUCUCCAGAAGUUUACUGUCUUCCCCGAAGAAGGAAAACGCCUGCCUUGCCUGGAUUCCCUCGAAGUUACGAAGGCCCAUCCAGCUGUCAGGAAGAUGCGGUUCCUUCCUCGCUGA